CUUCAAACCGUUUUUGCGACUGAAGGUCGUGUUUGUUUGGUUGUCAAGGACUGAAAAGCAAAUCGGCUGAAAAUUUCAAGAUCCGCCGAAAACCAAUUUUAGUUUACCACAUUGGCGCAAUCGACGACGCUCAAAUGGAUAAACAUUCGAAAUCUUCCAAGAAGGGAGUCAAAUCAACAAAAAAUAAGGAGAUUGAAACACUUCGGAGUGAUCUGAGCGCAGAGAAAGCUAGAUGUCUAGUGCUGGAAGAAGAGUUGCGUCACUUGCGUGCUGGUCAGGCUAACGUGGACGUAGUUAACAGUAGCGUUAUAGAGGAAGAAUGGGAGCCCCUGGAUGAACAACCUUUAAGCGAGUACGACAGUGUUGGAUUCCAACAAGCGCUUGGCCCUACAAGUACUAGACGGAUGGAUACUCCAGGUCAAAUGAAUGCCAGCGAAAACUCUCGGUUUAUGUCAUCGGUUACACAGCUUUCUUUGUCGUCCAUAAACAUUCCGGAAUGUAAGCCUCUGGAUGGCGAUGAAGAGAUUUUUCGUUAUUCUUAUGAAGCAUGGAAGGAGCUUUUAGAAGAUACCAUGAGGCUUGCUGGCGUCGAAGAUGACCGUACGAAGUUCACCAUAUUUAAAAUUAAAGCAGGAGCCCGUCUGCUACAAAUCUUUCGAAACACCAAAUCUCAGGCCGGUUUUCCUAAUCCGGAAACCGAGCCAUUUGCAAACGCAAUGUACCGAUUGAAAUCAUACUUCGGAUCGGGCUCUGAUGUAAUGUUCCAACGGCGGAAAUUGGCCCUUAUGAUGCAGAAACCGGAAGAGACUAGCCUCGCCUUCAUCACCCGUGUCGGGGCUACGGCAAGACUUUGCGAGUACGACGAAGAAAAAGAAAUGGAGGAAAUAGUGGGUGCCGUCGCGGCACAUGCUGUCAGCAAGGAGGUACGAGUAGCAGCAUUAAAAAUGUUAAACCGAAAGGGAUCCUUCUCUAACCUAGUCGACAAAGUGAGGGAAAUCGACGCGAUUCAGAUGAACGAGGAAUAUUUCAAGCUCAAAUAUCAGAAGACAGAACCUGCAAUGGUGGCACCGGUGAGGGCUGCCUAUCCGGCGUACAGUCAACCACCUUUUCAACGUCCUGGCUCACAAGGUGGAAAGCUUCAGAACAUAGGUUCUCGAAGGCGAGACUCUCGAUUUAAUCCAAUGAGGACGUCUCGUAAUGCGGAAGGUCAGAACUCGUUUCGUCGUGGAUUCCAUGAUCAAACGAUAAGCACAUCGGACCGAUGCUGGCGGUGCAACAGUGUGUACCAUCUUGCAUCAGAAUGCAAUGCGGCACACAAGGUGUGUAUUGGAUGCGGACGAAAGGGACACAUAAGAAGAGCCUGUAAUAGCCUGGAGCGUAGACCCGCUCAAUACAAAGAACGAUUGGAAAACAGCAAAUCACCAGAAACUAAACCGUCGACAUCCGCGGCGGUGAACAAAGUUGAAGUUGAAACGGAGAAUAAUGAAGAUCGUUCUGAAGUGAGUGAGAAUAUGAAUAUUUGAUUACUCUUCUGGAGAUCCCAUUAUGACACGCAUAAUCAUUCAUUUAUAAACAUUAAUCGAUUGAAUUCAAAUACGAUAUUAAAAACUAUUCAGAUUU